CGCGGUUGGUAUUGGCUGUCAAGAAAAUUAUUUCGUGAAAUCAUUAAGAAAACAUCGUAAAUAGUAAUUAAAGCGUUAAUAAUCACAUGCAACGCUCAAACAACACUGACAAUGACACAGAAUAGGAAACGUGGGCGAAAUCUACAAGAAGAUGAGGUAGAAUUUAUGCCACUGUCCAAAAGAAUAAAUAAUCUACACAUAAACAAUAGGAAUAUGUUAAUAAAUGGACAGACUUCAGCUAUGGGCAACAUAGAAUGGGGCCCAGGUCCUCCAAAUGGUUCAAGUCAAUUGCCAGAAAGCCCCCCAAAUUCAGUACAAAGCCUUGAUUGGAACAAUCAGCCCCAAUACACUCCAGAUUUAACAGAAACUGAAAAUCCACAUUAUUUUAAUGCCAAUAAACUGUUAUUCGAAAUGUAUGUUGAAAGAUUACAAAGAGGAUGUGAUUAAAAAGCAUCUGUGUGAUGACUUCACUGCCACUUAAUUUAUGUCUUAUAUUUUAAAUGGUACCAUUAAGCAUUUACUUUUACCAAUGUUAUUUUAUUAGUGUAGUUAUUUAUAUUUUAUUAUAUGCACUAUUAUUAUAACUUAAGUUAGGUUUUUGAUUUGAAGUGAAAUGAUAAGAGACUUAUUGGAAAUAAAUUAAGCCAUUUAAUUAAAAAUUAAAGUUAUAGGUACUUUCUAUGUGAUGAGAAAAAAAUUAAUAUUAGAGUUAAU